AUGGCGACCGUCGACUCAUCCCCUCCCGAGCCACCGAGACGCCAGGGGACGUCACCAGAAAUCUCCUUCCGGACUAUUGCAGACCCGAGGAACGCAAGCACAUCCGACCUCUCUAGGUCCAACUCUGCGCCCUCAAAACAUCCCGACGUCAAUGCCGAAGUUGCCGCUCUAAGCGACAAACUGAUCAGCGCAAUCAACCAUCAAACCACCCUAGACGAUACUCUCGCUCAGACGAGACAAGAGUUGGAAGCCUCAAGAGCACGUAUCGCAAAGUUGGAGGCUGAAGCUAAAGCAUAUGAAGAAAAGAUUUCGCGAGGAGACUUGCUUCCAAGGGAAAAAGUCGACGAACAAAAAGAUAAGCUUACAGCAGAACUGGUGGAGGAGAAAAAGCAAAGGGCACAAGUCCUCCAAGAGAAGCGCGGAAUAGAGACGGAGCUGGAAACGCUGACGGCCUCGUUGUUCGAUGAAGCAAACAAGAUGGUUGCUUCGGCCAACCGAGACCGCGACGCCAUCGAGAAGAAGAAUCAACAGCUUCGCGACCAGAUCAAAGACGGUGAAGCUCUAAUAGCCUCUCAGACUGAGCAACUGGCGGAACUGAAAACACUGAUGCAGCAGAUUGGCCCAGCUUCGGACUAUCGAAGGGAUCUUGACUCCCCCCGAGUGUCACUAGCACCCUCAAGCCCUGGUGUGACAAGAGAAGGGAGCGAUCUAGCUCGCCUUCUUGAAGCAAUGAACCUGUCCCCAGUUACACUCGAGCACGGCGAGCUCGCUCCCAGCCCUUCUACCGCUCUAACACACCUGGUCAGGCCACUCUGCCGGACAGAUAUUCCAGCGUAUGAGGAUUUCAGGAAUCUAGUACAAACGUCGCAUUUUCGGUCGCAUAAUCCUUCCCAUGCCCCGUCCAGAGCAGGCUCGGGGUCCUACGGCGGGCUAAAUGUGAUGGGUCUUGGCUCACUGAAUAAUAACUCGCAACCCAAUCUGUCACAGAUCUCUCAAACAGCUACGUCGAAACUCGCCAAUUCCCCGAAUAUUCCUGGGUCGUUUAGCCCCAAUCCAGAUGCCAAAGGACCUGUUCCGCUAAGGGAGACCCGCUUCUUCAAGCGCAUUCUUGUUGAAGACAUUGAGCCUACUUUGCGACUUGACCUCUCCCCAUCCCUUUCGUGGUUGAAUCGACGCAGCAUUCUCGCAGCAAUGGGCGACUCCACUCUAAUUGUCGAACCGAUUCCCGAAGCAUCUAUCAAGCUGUACGGCAAAUACACGCCGUGUGCCCUGUGUGGGGAGAACAGGAAGCAAGGUGAAAACCCUCGAACCCAUGCCAUGCGUGUCCGCGAAGGGGAGGGUGCUACCAGAUGGUGUAUAUGCACCUUGUGCCUGGAGAAGGUGCGUGGCGUUGGUGACCUUGUUGCCUAUGUGCGCAUGGUCCGUGAGGGAGUGGUCAAGGUUGGUGACAAGAAGGAUGAAGAAGACGCAUGGGAAGAAUUGGUCCGGCUGAGGGAGCGCUUGUUCUGGGCUAGAAUGGCGGGUGGUGUGGUUCCUGCGUUCAUCCCUACGCCGAAACAGACCCCAGUAGAUGAUGAGAAGAUUGGUGCAGAAUUAGAUGGUCAUGGGCAAGAUGGAAAAGAGAACGAUACUCCUAGCGAGGGAGCGGGUACUCCACCAGAGCCUACCACUAUACCGCCGGUGGAUACCUCUCAGCGCUCAACACUCGCCACCGACGAGGCCGAAUCCGAAUCUCCCGACGAAAAGGCCGCCCGUCUCCAACUCCAACAGGGCUUAGACGCGAGUCUGACUACCUUCGACAAAAUCCGCGAAAACAAGAGGAUGAGUAUUGAUAGUCGACAGAAUUCGACGACGCCGCCAUCGACGCCUUCGCCGAAUAAGAGCCUUCCGAAGAGAGAGUCUAGUACUGGUGGUGGGAUCUCGUUCCCAAAGAUUAACAUUCCCAGACUGCCGCAAGGCUUUUGGGAAUCCCAAGUUAAUACGUUGCGUUAA